AUGAUCUUCGCCGCCCGUCAACUUCAGGAGAAGUGUCAGGAGAUGCGGACCCACCUGUACUCUACCUUCGUGGACCUGACGAAGGCCUUCGACACGGUGAAUCGUGAAGGACUGUGGAAGAUCAUGCAGAAAUUCGGCUGUCCGGAGCGAUUCACUCAGAUAGUGCGUCAGCUGCACGACGGUAUGAUGGCGCGAGUCACGGACAACGGAGCUGUCUCAGAGGCAUUCGCAGUGACCAACGGAGUGAAGCAGGGCUGCGUACUGGCGCCUACCCUCUUCAGUCUUAUGUUCUCUGCCAUGCUGAUGGACGCCUACCGUGAUGAACGUCCCGGGAUCCGCAUCGCCUACAGGACGGACGGUCACCUCCUGAAUCAACGGCGGAUGCAUUUCCAAUCGCGCGUAUCCACAACCACCGUUCACGAACUCCUCUUCGCCGACGACUGCGCCCUAAACACCACCUCGGAAGAGGAGAUGCAACGGAGCAUGGACCUGUUCUCCGCCGCCUGCGAGAAUUUCGGUCUGGUCAUUAACACGCAGAAGACGGUGGUGAUGCACCAACCACCACCCAACUCAGCCACAGCCCCCAACGCGCCGCCGCAAAUCAGCGUGAACGGAACCCAACUGCAGGUGGUGGAGAACUUCCCGUACCUGGGCAGUACUCUCUCCCGCAACACCAAGAUCGACGGCGAAGUCGCCAACAGGAUCUCGAAAGCCAGUCAAGCCUUCGGUCGCCUCCAAAGCACAGUUUGGAAUCGCCAGGGUUUUCAGCUGAGCACGAAGCUGAAGAUGUGCAAGGCCGUCAUCCUGCCGACACUACUGUAUGGAGCGGAGACUUGGACGGUGUACGCAAAGCAGGCACGUCGUCUGAACCACUUCCACCUCAGUUGUCUUCGUCGCAUCCUGAGGCUAAAGUGGCAGGAUCGAAUCCCCGACACUGAUGUGCUGGAACGGACGGGAAUCCUCAGCAUCUACGCCAUACUGAGGCAAAUGCAGCUGCGCUGGAGCGGCCACCUGGUGCGCAUGGACGACGAGCAACUACCCAGACGACUCUUCUACGGAGACGUCGAGACGGGUUCUCGCCGUCAAGGAGGCCAGAUUCGCGCGCCCAAGAAUACCUCUUCAUUCAAACAACGUCACACAGUUUCGUGUCGCCAAAACGGACGCACAUAG